AGGACAGAGACGCGAGUCGUUAUGGUCGAUGCCUACGGGCCGCGAACGGCAAUACACAAGGACACCUAACCAGCACGAGAAGACUCGAAAAUAGCCAUGGCCAGCGUAAUCAAGGUCGAAUAUGCCGGCCGCAUCGCCACCAUUACCAUCGAUAACCAGAAGAAGCUCAACGCCCUCUCCUUGAAGGACUACUACGAUCUCUCCCAGGCCAUGCGCGAGGUUGCCCGCCGCGAGGAUAUCUACAUCACUGUCUUGACUGGCAAGGGCCGAUACUUCUCCGCCGGCGCCAAUACCUCCAGCAUCUCCGCCGGCGAGCCGGCCACGUCCGACGUGUACCUGCGCUGGCUGCGCGACUUCGUGUCCAACAACCUCAACGUCACCCAGGCCUUCUACACGCACCCCAAGAUCCUGGUCGCCGCGCUCAACGGGCCCGUCAUCGGCCUCUCCGCCGCCCUGGUCGCCUUCGCCGACUUCGUCUACUGCACGCCCCACACCUUCCUGCUGACGCCCUUCUCCUCCCUCGGCCUCGUCGCCGAGGGCGGCUCCUCCCACGCCCUCGUCCAGCGCCUCGGCAUCAGCAAGGCCAACGAGGCCCUCAUCCAGAGCAAGCGCAUCUCGAGCGAGGACCUCCUGCGCACCGGCUUCGCCAACAAGGUUUUCGACUGCCCCGAGGGCGACACCGACGCUUUCCUCCGCCUGGUCUUCAAGGAGAUCGACGACAGCCUAGGCGACCACUUAAACGGCGACAGCCUGGUCGGCAUCAAAGCCUUAAUCCGGAAGCCCGACCGGGAGAUUCUCGACAGGCAGAACGUCGCCGAAGUAUUCGCCGGCUUGGACAGGUUUGUCUCGGGGAUCCCGCAGCAGGAGUUCCAGAAGCUCUCGUCAGGCAAGAAGAAACACAAACUAUAAGUAUCGAUACGAUUGCGAGCACACCCU